UCAUUCCGUGAGCAACAAUGUGGUGUGGUGGUCAUGUUUUCCAAACGACUGGGUCAUGUUUUCACCUUCAAGCGGAAACCGGUGGUGCUUCGGGAUUCCUUCCAUUUGGCUGUUCGACCCUAUCUUAUUCUCGGACUACCGUUCGGGAUAUUUCCACUGUCGAAUGUCUUCGAUCGAAGCCCUGAACACCUUCGGUUGAAAAGAUGCUCCCUCCGAGUUCUCCACAAUUUGGUAGUGAUUAUUGCAGGAUUUGCGUUGACCAUUUGGGAGCUGCUAAGGCUAGGCAACGUUGGAAUAAGUGCUAAGAACAUCAAUGGCCUGGUAUUUUUUGCAGACACAACGCUCAUCAAUAUACUGUUUUUCCAUCUGGCAAGCCGAUGGAACCAACUUGCACUGCUAUGGGACCAGGUUGAUCGCAUUUUUGAGACUGAUACCUACCGGAUCGAAAGCUGGUGGACAUUGCGUCGGCGCCUUUCGGUGGUGGCUGGGGUUCUGAUAACCUGUGCCAUAGGUGAACAUCUCUUGGCCUGCGCAAACAUGAUAAAUGAUCAGCAGCACGAAAUACAAAUUUGCGGAUGGACAAACAUAAGCGACCCUUUCCGACACUUUGCCUUGCGCAAAUUUUCUAAUGUUUAUAGCUAUUUUCCGUACAGUACAGUUACAGGAGUAUUUUUUGU